AUCGUAAGAUUCAAAUAAAUAUGGACGAUAAAGCAGAGAAUUCGCUUGAAACUCAAUUCCCCGACCACGAGAAACAAUUGACGUUGAUUCCAGGACCUCCGAAGUGCUGCAAGGAUGACCACUUUGUGAAGUUAGUCAUGGGACACAGAUCGUCCAUAGAACUGAUAAGUAGCUGUGGUCUCCACGGGUUUCUAGUCAGUGGGUUACUAGUCUCCCAACUUUCUAAUGAAAUUAUUUCCCAAAGUACUGAUAAUUUAACGUCAAGUUUUGGACCCAAAGCUAGACCUGCGAACUCAACUUCUUUAUUGGAAAUCUCGAAAGAACCCAAAACAAUGCAAUCGCAGGGUACCCUUGAACCCUUAAAAAGGCCAAGCAGUACUCCAACAUCGACCAGAGCUAUGACGGAAACUUCUGAUCAUUUAAAACGUUCCAAAACUGCAGAAUACUUAGAAACACAUUUAAAGAACUUACAUUUUGAAGGAACCUUGGGGUCUUCUGAUGAUUCAAAACACUUAAAAUCCCCAAAUCAUUCGGAAGCUUUAACUUGUUCAGCUGAUCGCCAAAGAGAAGUAGUCCCACCAGAGUUAGACAUCAAAUGUAGUUUUGGCAGUGUUUUUGUUCACUCGCCUAGCUUGAACAAAUUAUUUGUGUUCAAAAAUGUAGCGGAAAAAUUAUCCGAAAUAUCGAUAGAAUCAGUUUGCGUAUCGGCAACUUCUCAAAUAAAGAUAUUGGAUAAUAUUCUCACUUCUAUGCAAAAUUCGAGUCCAGAAUUUUUGGAAUUAGACCUGAUUUUGUUACCAGAAAAAAGUAUCAGUGCGACAAACUUUGCUUUAUUUGAGCACAAAAUAUCUGAAGCCUGUAAUGGGCUAAGGUCUUUGAAGUUGAAUAUUUUCAUGAUUAUUAAACGAAAAUCAUUGUUGUAUGUUCAAGACAAAAAUCAAGAGGCAUUGUUGUUGUCAGAAAUAUGCAGCUCUGAAAAUUAUCCAGCUUCCACGACAGUGUCCGCAUUUUUAUCCCGAAUUUCUAACCAAAAGUCAUAUUACGCAAUGAGUGAAAGAAGUUUCAAAGGUUUUGGUGACCAAGUGUGGAAAUUAAACGAAGUGGAAAAAUCCUGCCACGCUUUAAAUCAUUAUUUCCCAGAAAAAGAGUCUAAAUUACAGACUGUUCCGAGCAUCGAUUGUCUGAAAGAUAAUUUACUUUAUUGCACGGAUGAAAAUGGGUCUCUUGUGUUUGGAAAGGGAAUUGGAACUGAGAGCUACCUAGGGGAAGUUAAAUUAUUCCUAGAGAGGUUCUUCAACUAUUUGCCCUCUCCAACAGGCAUUCUUCUCAAAGAUCUUUGUGAGAGAAGCAUCAGAGCAUUCAUUCAAUCCACAUGUUUGUACAACAUGCGGCUACAAGUGGACUGGCUCUACCUGGGAAACAACAGGAUGGUUGCCCUGGAAGCGGGAAUGACUAACAACUGGGCAGAUCCGACCAGAGCAGUCACUAAUAAACUGAUCCAAGUUAUCCAACAAACUUAUCCAGUUCUGAAGUUUGUUUUGGGAAUCAUUUUCGAAUGUUUACCUGAAGAACUCCUGGUUAAUGAACACGAAAUUGAAUCUGAAUUUCAAGAAUUUGUGAAAACUCAGCUGAAAUUUGUUAUCUUUUUACCAAAUGUUCAAAAAGACAAAGCGAUUAAAGUUCUCGAACAAAUCAAAAUUGACUUUGGAAGCCGCUGUGGUCUCAAAAACAAAAAAUCUUCGAAAACAGAUCCAAAACUGUUACAACUUUUGGAUCAAGUCAGCGAUGACAUUCUGGAAAAUACUUUCAUAUUAGUUCCGGAGAAACUGGAAAAUAGUCACGUUCUUCCAGUAUGUUUGUCAGUUGACAAGGAUCUAAAGGUGACAGAAACAGGACAUGAAGCUUACACAUGGCUGUUUUCAUCAGGAGCUGCCGAAACCGGGGAAACUGGUACUUCAGUUUACUCGGCAACAGGUUCGGAAGCCGCCAAAAAGCAGAAAUGUUCUCGUUUAUUUUCGUACAUAUCAUCUCUAUUUGCAUUGGCAACCUUGUCCUUACUCGACAAUUUUGGACAAGAUAAACUUCUUGAUGUUGAUUGUCGAUAUCAAGAGCAGUGGAAAAAACUAAAAGAGGGAAAGUUAAAACGGAGAGUGGGGGAUUUGAACCUGGUACUAAGUCCGCAACAGCAUCGCAUCUUGUCUGAAGAUUUGCGAAGGGUAUGUGUGAUUGGACAACUUGGCAGUGGAAAGAGUUCAAUGCUAUUGGCAAAGUUACUACUCUCAGCCAAAGACGACCAAGUAGAUCUAAUCGUGUUUGCACUUCCGGCCGAUAAAAAGCGGGUUCUUUUUGAAAAGUCAAAAAACCAGAAAUUGAAAACUAGUCAAACAGAACCCUCAAGGUCAUUUGCCCAAUUCCUGAAAGAAUUCAGACAGGAGGAAAAGUUGGAGAAAAAACUGAAAAUUGUGGAGUUCAAUCGAAACAAAACUGGUCACACGUGUCUGCCAAAACUACUUCUUGAUAGUUUGAACUUCACACGGAGCUCAGUGCUUCUGAUCGAUGAACUUUACCAGGACGAAACGGGCAGUGGGGGCUUGUUAUUUGAAGAGAAUCUUUUAUUCUAUGUGCGGCUCGUUAAGAUCUGCUGGAUAGCAGUGAUAGAUCUAGGAGAAGCAGCAUCACCGAGGUCUUUUAUUUCGCUUCUGCGAAACUUCCACUUGGAGCCUCUGAAUGUGUUGUUCCGCAGUGCUCAUCAUAUAAGCGAGCAUGCGCAUUAUGCCGUUCACAGUUUGAAGCCCUUAUCGGAAACCAGUGCAAAAGUGAUUGGAUGUUACUCGUCUUCGCAGCCUCAGUUUAUUGUGAAUUCCUUUUCUUCUAUUGACGAUGAAAACGUUCUUAAUGAAGAAUUUCAAAGAAAUGAGUUUAAACGAAAACGUUGGAUAAUUGUGUACACCGACAUAGCCGAUAGAAACCAGUUGUGGCGUAACAAGCUAAAGCAGAGAAGUGAUUACUCAGAGAGAAAUAUGUUCAUAUUGGACGGCGGACGCCAUCAGAAGGAUUUUCGCUUCCCCUACACCGGUUGCGAAGCUCUAUCAGUAUUAGUUAUCAUGGACGAUUGUUGUUGCGAACAAAUCGUAGCACCUAUAGUCAAUGUUGCAAUGUCUAGAGCACAGUACGAAGUCUGCGUGUUGUUACAUUUGAACUUCAAUCAUCUUGGUUUCAGUUUCAUUCGUCGGAAACCUUUUUACUUGCAACUAAUGAAACGCGCGGUGGCCCAGUUAACCGAAUCCGAUGAAGUAUACUUGAAUUCGGUCGAAGGUCGGGUUGAUUUAGUGAUGUCAGUUCUCUCAGCAGUUUACGAUUUGAAUUCAACACUUUUGAAGCAGCUUUUGUUGAUUCUACCUAAAUGGUUGAAGCCCGUGAUCGCUCUGGACGUAUUAAGACAGUGCGUCUUCUGUGUUGGCUUUACCAAAUCAGAAGUUAGUGAAAUUAUAGAACAAGAAUUUGGCGAGGAUGUUCGGACGAUUCUUCUGAAAUCAGCUAAAAAUUGCACAAUUGAUAGUAUCCGAUCAAAUGUUUGCAAAGCGUACAACAGUUUGGCUGAUGAGUUGAUCCUUUUUCUUAAUGUUGAUGGCGGGAAAUUUGCUGACGUGAUGAGCCAAGAUUUAGAGGAAAGGAUCAAAAGUCAAAUUGACAGUGUCCGGGUUGAAAUCCUGGAGACCCUGGACUCAAGUGAAGGAUCGAGAUCCCGUGUUGCUGUAAGCGUGAAAUCAAAUUUGAACAAUUUAGAUCGUGAACUUUUAAAGAUAUUAGGACGCAAUCACACUCAGGAAAUCAGUAGAAGGAUUGCUACCUGUGCUGAAAUCAUUUCCAACUCUGCAUUGAAAGGGGGCCGAGAGUUUUAUGAGGAACAAAUAAAGUUUAAUAACCUUUUACGUGUCAUUGUGACAGUGGGAAAUGGAUCUCUUUUCACCUGGCUAAUGAAAAUCAUAAAGCAUGAAAAACUACUGAUAGAACAGAGCGGCCAACUACUGUUCUUUGCCUGUUUCAGUGGGUCAAUUGAAAUGCUGAAACAAGUCAUGCAUCUGCUGGAGUCUUUUGAUUUUUUGAAACAGGAAAUGGAACUGACAUACGACGAAUACGAUCACAUUUUAGAUACAUCUGAGAACAUUUCGAUCAAUUUUGAAAAUCUAUCCGAAUUGAAGCCAGGAUCUCAAAUGUUUAAUGAAGCCGCGAUGUCUGUCAACUGUUUCGAAGACAAUGAAACUUCUGAGUUUCAGUUCCUCAAAGGAGGCGCUGCAGCUGAACAGCAUACAUUGUUGACCUUGCUUUGCAGUAGGAAUUCGGAUACCGAUUUUGUGCAAAUAUUAUUAGAACGGGGAUUUCCUCAUGAUCGCGUCUCGCAUCGAUUCAAAGGAAAAACAGCUCUUGAUUGGAGUAGGAUCUACUGUAACUCAGAACUUGAAUCACUGAUAAUCGAAUGGACUGAUAGCUAA